AUUCCGUUCUCUUGAGCGAGACCGUGGGCUUCUCCGUUGACCGUAGUGUCUGGAGCAGCCGCAGCUUGAGCGGUACCGUUCGUACUCCCUUGUACUUCAGCAGUUGGAGGGACAUGGUUGGCGGGGGCCAUGGCCAUACGUUGGACUCCACGCAUCACACCAGGAAUAUGGAUUACCUGACCAACCUUGAUCGUGUAGUCGGGACCCUUGACGUCCGGAUUGGCAGCCUUCAGAGUGUCGAGCGAGACACCAAACGCCUGGGAGAUCUUCCACAUAGUGUCUCCGGCUUUGACCGUAUAGUCCGUAGAAUUUGGGUUGGGUCUUUGAGCAGGCGGUGUAGACCCAUAAGCACUCUGGCCUAUGAUAUUGCCUUGGGGCGUGUACCGGCCUUUAGAUCGAUAAGAGAGGGUCAGCUGUGUCUACGACGAUGGCAAGGCGAGCUACGCCGCGCUCUACUUACCAACAACAUACGUCGCACCGUUAGACGCAACCGCCUUACCAACGCCGACAUGGGUAGUUGACGGCCAGAUCACCUGAGUAUAGUGACCAUAGCUACCGAAGUCACCAUUGGGGAUGUUCUGGCCAUGAUAUUGCGGCUUCUCGUUGAUCCAGGCGACGGCACCAUCUGUCAAAGUAGCGUGGCCUGAGCUCAUGUAUAGAUUCUC